CUCACCUUGGAUUACAUUUUCUAAGCUUUGCCGUUUGCAUAAUUACUUGGAACGAGCGAUUCGGGUCGUCUAUUUUGGUUCAGUCGGCAGAAGCUCACCUACCUCGACGCUAUGUUCAAUCGAAUACGAAACUACUUUUACGAGCGGAGGAGAACAUUAUGGACUGCAGCGGGUGUAGCAGGGGCGUUCUACUUGGCGGGAAAAUACGUCACUGAAAGGUUGGAGGACAUGCGCGAGCAAGCGAUGCAAAUGCAGAAGUCUCGAGAGAAUUUACGCAGACGAUUUACCCAAAAUCAAGAAGACAUCAUGUUCACUAUAAUGGCUCAUUUGCGUACACUUGAAAAUGCGAUUCUGGAGGGUAUGGAUGUUGAGGGUGUAACUCAGGAACUGCAAUCGCGAUCAAGACUUGCACGGACUGCUGUGCGUGCGCAUUCGCCGAAUCCACCUCUGUCGGACUCCAGUCUUGCUUCGAGUGUGGAGUUCUCGCAACCUUCAUCUCCCAUACCCCCAUCACAUAGGAGGGACGGAGGGAGUGGAGAAUCACGGACAGGGCCGGGGACGAGUACUGCAGGGUGUUCAAAUGGUUUAAGUGGGAUGGAGGAGUCUAUGGUUAGCACUGCGUCGACGUCUCAAGGACAAAGCUGGGUACAGGAUUUUGGUUCGCAAAUUGCUGGAUCCUCGACAAUGGAUCAAGGACCUGCUUUAGCCAUCCCGACUCCCUCUAAUAGUCAUCAUCGACAAGAAUCAUCACUCACGUCUCCGUUGUCAAAUGCGGGUACAGGGGCGAACAUGUCGGAUUCGAUAACUAGCGAGUCGAUGACUUCGGCGAGCGCAAGCGAUUCACGUGCUGGACGAUCUGAGAACAGUGAACAAGAACCACACCCACUUAGCUCGAAGUCGAAGGGAGAGUUGUGGCAUGAAGUCAAAAUUUUAACAUUCACCCGCACGCUAACAAUAAUCUACUCUACCACCCUCCUCUCGUUACUCACAACAAUGCAACUCAACGUCAUCGGGCGCUCGAAAUACCUCCAAUCCAUUGUCCAACUGCACCGUGAAGAGAAGCUCCGCGAGUAUCAGGCGUACCAAUCAUCAAUUGCUGCUCUAUUCUUUGGAGGUUAUCCUGGAGAAGAUGACCUUGAGCGAUGGUUAGAAGAGGAUGUGCAGGAUGUCGGAGUUAUUACGUCUGAUUUGGAGAGAAAGUUCUUGACACUUAGUUGGUGGUUGUUAUAUGUUGGGUGGAAGGAUGUUGGUGAACGGGUGAGGAAAAGCGUUGAAGAAGUGUUUGAGAGUGUCUCGCUGAAGUCAAGACUCGGACCACUGGAACUUCAUAGAUUAAUACAAGACGUACGGAGGCGAGUCGAGCAUGAAGUUACAUACGAAGGAACGGAACGUAGAAUAAACUUCUUGUCAACAAUCGUCCCUCCAACACCGGAGACCUUAGCUCUCGUGUUCGGCGAAGGCGGAGUCCCAGGCUACCUUACGUCUUCAUCCUCCUCUCGACCUACACCCUCUUCCCAAUUGGCCUCCGCCUCCGCCUCCACGUCUACAUCUACCAUGAGCACAGCACAUCCGCCGAAUCCAGAAUCAGACCCUGCUUUCGCACAACUACUGAUGGAACUUCGCGCAACAGCAGCCUCACCUGCAUUCGCAGCUGUCCUCGAAGCUUCUUUGGAUCGCGGGAUGGACGUAUUGCUCGAUGGACUACGAAAAAGCGUUUUCCAUAGUAUGGAUCAGGUCACAAACGAGGACGUGGAAAUUGAGAAGCCGCGUCUUGCGAAUAUAUUACCUGGACUUGCGAGGUGGUCACAUACUGCGCUUAACACGGUGCCGAAUGAGCUUGUUGACAGUAUAACAGAGCUCAAAGAGACGCGAGCAUUCUCUGCGAUUAUUUAUUCUAAUUAUGACCACCGGUUACGAUGAGCUUUGCUGAUAUUUUAUGUUUUGCGAACUUUUGUUGAUGUUGACGGACAGUUAAUUGCACACGUUCU